AUGGCUCCUGUCAAGAAUAACAAGGGGAAGGCUCAGGUUACGGACGGUCCAGCUUCACGUACCAGGGCAGCGGUCGCCAGAAACCAGAACCAGGCCCAGGCAGCAGAAGCGUUGCCUUCACCGACACGAACGUCGUCCAGGUUGCGGUCACCCAGAACCGCUCCCAACGCCAACGCUCCAGCGUCGCCUCCACGAGUGCGAAGACGUCAGAAUCUUUCUGCAGCAGCCUCUGCACAAGCGCGAGGACCUCAGCGUCGUUUGGCAAGAGUCCAGGCACCCAGACCGAUCAGGUUAGUUUUGACAUCCCCCAAAGGUGGACCGGAGAGAUCUGCUAAUUCUGCAACAGCAGAUCCGGAAGAAGCUCCUUCAACACCACCGCGACCCUCGACAGCAGUCUCUCAAGACAUACCAACGAGUCAACGGCUUAUCUUGAGAAAGCCAAAGCUUCCAGUUGCUGGACCUGAGAAGAACAGACCAGGUAUAAACCAGGAGAGACUUAGGGAACUCCGGGCUUGGUUAAAUUUAAUCACGUUGCCGAACCCGGACCCGGGGUUUGCAGAAGUUCAGCAUCAAUUGGAGUCACUCUUUGAAGCUCUUACUGAGUUCCGGCAGUCCCGAGAAGAACUGCAAGAGGUUUACGAAGACCUAAAGCAGCUAGGCGAGGAAGUGCUUGCUGCUACAGGAACGGCGACCCGAUCACCAUCCGUGGACAUCCCCAGAGUUAGAACUCUGAGACGAACCACUGAGAGAAUCAGAGCUCAAAGAGCGGUGGUUCAAGGUACGCCAAAGAAAAAGACACCAAGGUCUCGGGUGAGAAAGACACCCUCUCCGAAGAAGAAAAAGACUUCGCCUACAAGAAGACAGGCAAUGGCAGAGGCUGAACAGGAACAGGACACAAUGACUCGCAACCGUGUCGAGGACGAGAGUAACGCCAUCGAGUCCCUAAUCCAGCUCUCUCAGAAUGCUCCCAUCGUCUUCGAGAGAAACCGGGAAGAUGACAGCAAUUCCAACGACCAUGAACCCCCCGGAUCUCAGCCAUGGACCCAACCUGGGCCCGUUCAAGAUAUGUCAGCUGAUCCGAACCAUGGCACCGUUCAAUUGCAGGCAUAUCUGUAUCGACAGCAGAGGCUGGUGGGUAUUCCUCCGGAGCGAAUGAUCUCAAUGUCAGGAGAAAUGGGUGCUCAUGUUCGAGGAAAGAGUUCUGGGCAGGUAACACCCCAAGGACCCGUCAACAGGCCCGAGAAUCCAAGCGUGGUGCAGUUCUCUUCCGAAGGUGGAGUAGUGGCGCCAGUAAUUCCCCCUGCGCAGUAUCAAUGUGAGCUACCCUUUCUAAUCUUCACACCUGACCUCCCGGCUAAUGAGCAAUCAGCGGCGGAUAACUUGGAUAUGCUCGAAGAGAUCUAUGGCCCAGGCGGAAGUCCAGAUAGACAAGAAGAACGUGCAAUACCCGUGGGUGACUCCCUGGACGAAUCCAUAGACCAUCAAACCUGGCUUGCUAACAACGACCAGGCACAGACUACAGAGGGAAAUCUGGUUUCAUCUCCAGAGGAUCCAGGAACUCCCGGAGCUAUGGGACUGCAGUCUUUGGAUAACAUGGAGGCCGAACAGGGAGAGAGCUUGGAUGAACCGAUGAAGGAGACUGGACCUGUUCAGAACCAGCACCGCAAUUCAACGCGAACUCAACGGAUUCUACCCAAUACAGCCCGUGAUUCACCACAUCGUCGAUCGUCGAACACCGCUAGGGCUGCUCGUGCCCCCCGGAACCGCCCACCGAAACCAACCUACAACCACGCCCACAAUGGGUUUGAUAUUCUGGGAGCUUUAUCCAACAAUCUGGAGAUCGCUUUUCUGCUCACAGAAUACCUAGAGCCUACUGAUUUGUUUAAUCUGUACGCAUGCUCAAAAGAUUGGAACGGCCUCAUCACAUCAACCCUUGAAGCCAUAAUCCUUAAACAAGCAAUCCAGCACGCACCCGAAUCCGCUCGCGCAUUUCCCUUUCGUUGUUAUCCCCACCUGCGUAAACUGAAUCCCGGAUCCAAGAAUGAACUGGUGCCCAGUUUCCCCUGGCUAUUCAUGAUCACGGACCGCGAACGCAUCGUCCAAUCAAUCAUGCAAUGGAUGAGACGGACAAGCUAUGCAGUCCCGGCAGGGAGUGGCAUCGCGAUCAAAAAGCUCUGGUUCCUCAUGGAUAUCCCCGACACGAAGCGGCGAAAAUGGACUAUACGAACCUGGAGUGACAUGGAUCUGUUCUUGGCCGGUCUCUUCAUGAUGCAGAUCGACUCGGCGCUUCAGGACGAAGAUGAAGCAGGAAGCGGGCUCGGCGCGAUGCGGCGUCUCCUGAUGGCCCAAAAGAGCCUAUCGGUCCUGUGGGAUGUGUUGAGCGGCGAGACCUGGCAGUCCGAGCUCGAACUCGUCCAGUCAUACAUUCGCUGGCGGUACGAGCCUCGUCCUCACGAGCGUGACAUGCAAAAUAUCCUGGGCGUUCCAAUUGAAGAGGUCGGGCUGCUCCAGUAUGAAGCGUACGGUCGACACGGGCGAACUGCCAAAGUGCGCCGGCCUGAUACAAUCGUCAUCAGCGAAUUGAAGAACCGAGAGCUUGAUAUACGGAAGAUGUAUUGGGAAGCCCUCGCGUUGGAUGAAGAGGAGCCACACAUGGGUGAUGACCGCCCCAGAUGGGACAUGGCCUUGAAGGAUGCAAUUGAGGGUACUGGGAUUGAUUGGCUCAAUGCCGUCAACUUGAAUCGCCCGAAGAUUUGUUGA